AUGAGUAAUACAGAGAAUGGCUCCAAUAACAGCCUCCAUGAACGCCAAACCGAAGGCAAAGCGUCUAGCAAAGAGCAGCUUCAGCAGCAGCGUAUCUGCGCGCAUAUGAACAGCGAUCAUCGCGAUACUCUCUCGCUAUAUCUACAAGUCUACUGCAAAGUUCCUUCCAAAGAAGCGCAAUGGCCAAAAAUGGAGAAAAUUCGGCUCGAUGGAAUGACCAUUUCGACGGCAAACUCUCCAGACAGCAAAUCGCGCACAAACUUCGUUGUACCCUUCGAGCCUGCCUUGAAUGGAUUCGGUGACGCUCGCCACAGAACCGUCGAAAUGCACAAGUACUGCCUCAAGGCUCUCGGUCGCUCCGAUCUUACUAUCCAGGAGUAUCGCGCGCCAACCGGAUUUGCCGCCGUGAUGUUCACCACGUGCUUAUUGACUUUUAUUGCUUUCUCUCGCCGAGCGCAUUUCGAGCCGGGCUCUGAGCUCUACUCGCGUGUGUUUCAGUAUGUCCCUGGCUUUGCUACUUUCUGCUACAGUAUUCAGCCGCUUCUCAUCCGCAUAAUGGCGGUGAUUCACCUGGGCGAGGCUUUGCAUCUAUGGUUCUACAGAUUACGACCUCACAAUAUCCGCUUUGGUUCGCGCCUGUGGCUUUGCUGGUUUGUGAACGAUUUCAUCGAAGGCUAUACCGCAUUACAGCGAUUCGAUGCCCUCGUAGCAGAGAAACGGGCCGGAAAAGCACAGCAUUAG